AUGUCGCUUCUUCCGGAAAUAAUCUUUGAUAUCUUAUUGCGGCUGCCGGUAAAACCUCUGCUACGUUUUAGAUGCCUUUCAAAAGUAAUGUUCUGUACAAUCGAUGAUUCAGAUUUCAUCAAGGCUCAUCUUAACAGGUCAAUUGAAACCAACACCCACAAGAAGCUGAUUCUUGUUUCCCGUAGACAAACUUUCCCUGUACUUUGCACCUUGGAUUUCGACGACGGAAUGAAAGAACGAGUUAAGCUCGAUGACCCACUUAACCAUAGCCAUAGAUGGUGGGCCUACCGCGUCUUAGGUUGCUGCAACGGUUUGAUUCUAUUAUACGUAGACAUCAUAAAGAAACUUAUCUUAUGGAAUCCGUUUACUAAACGGCACAAAAUAUUAAAAGCUCACGCAAAUGAAUCACUUAGACGCUACGAUGGUUUUGGGCUCGGGUACGACGCUGCCAGCAAUGACUACAGGAUUGUGGUGGUUCCAUAUAAAAUGCCAAAAGAAGUUUGGAUUUAUAGUUUGAGAUGUAAUUCUUGGAAAAAAGUUGAUGGUAUAUGGUUCGAGCUCCACCUAUGUGAUUUGGGGAUGUUUGUUAAUGGUGUUCUGUAUUUUGGUGGGAAAUAUUUGGACAAGAUAGUUGCUUUUGAUAUUACAACAGAGACUUUCUGCACAUACCCAUUACCUCAAACUUCCAGAUUUUCAAACAAUUUGUGUGUUUUAGAGGGGAAACUAUGUUUUUAUACGUGUACAAGAAAUGGAACAAUUGAAAUUUAUGUUGGUGAUAAGCAAGAAGAUGGGCUAACUUGGAGCAAAUUGACAACAAUUAGAAGUAAUAGUAUAUUAUGUGAAACACCUUUGUUCUAUUCCAGGGAGGGGAAUAAGGUUUUGGUUUUUGAGGAAGAUAAUAACGUUGUUUGGUGUGACCUCAACGAGAAUGGAAUUGAACGGGUCAAGACAGUAAAUGAUAUCAAAAAACACUACCAAGUGAUAUGUUUUAAUUAUUCAAGUACAACUUGUUGGGAAAGUCUUGUUUCCCUUGGCCAUGAUAGUAGAAAUUAA